ACAGGACUGGAGACCGCCUGUUGGAGACUGUAUCUCAGGUGACUUUUCCUAGGGCUAGUUCAGAAAGACCCUGAAAGUUGCGAAAACACAAGCCCCUUCCUGACAUGGGGAGGGAAAAGCAACACAACCCCAUCCCGCUACUCUUCCUCCUCCUCGCCGCCACAUCUUUCCCUGCUGUUUUCGCCUUUGUCGCACCCUCCAUCCCAUCGGGACGGGACUUCUACAUCCUCCGCACUCCAAUGUUUGUCGCCUCAAAGCUCCCUUCCAGCUCCGCGUCAGGGAGUCGACAAGCAGCUUUUGGGGCUUUGCUCGCGCGAAAACAGAGAACGUUGGCAGAGGAAUUGGACGAUUUACGACUGGACGAAUCGACCAUGAGCGCGGAGGAAAAAAAGAGGUUGCAAGGGCUGCGAGCUUCUUACAAACUGGAGGACGUGCUGGACUUCGACGGCACAAACGCUGAGCCCCUUCCCUCCGCCCCUGCCUCCCCCGCCCAGGCGGACCCGGACUACGACCCCCUCGACGACGCCGAGGACCUGGCCGUGGCCGAGACCGCCUGGUCGGGUCAAGCGGGCCUGGACGUUCGGCGGGUGGGCGAAAACAAUUGGAAGGACGUGGGCGCCCGGCCUCUCUUGGCACUGGGGGACGUGCUCAUGUUCCUGCUCUUCGCCAGCGUCGGUCGCUCCAUUCACACGGGCGGACUCUCACUCGACGUCCAGGUGGUGCAGACGGCCGCUCCCUUUAUCCUGGCCUGGUUGGGCCUGGCGCCUCUCCUGGGCGCCUACACGCCCGAGGCCUCCCGGUCCACAGGCAACGCAGUGAAGACGGUGCUGAAGGCGUGGGCACUGGCCGUGCCCGGUGGGCUUGUGGGGAGGGGCUUGCUGAAGGGGGAAGUGCCCCCUGUGCCAUUCAUGGCGGUGACGAUGGUUACCACGCUG